AUGAGUUUAGGUUCUUCAGAAUAUUCAGUAGAAAAUUAUUGGAAAUAUAUUUAUGUAUCGUUGCUGUUUUUCUCGUUAUGCUCAGCUUCAGUCAUACCUAUAAUUUAUACUUACUCCCCGAAGUGUAGACAUCAUCCAGCAUAAAUUGUUCUGAUAUUAUGUAGAAUAAUUUAUAUUUUAGGUAUAUUGGAAAUGAUAACCUGCUAUUAACUAUUUCUAGACAGUGUUAAUUUUUAAGAACUGAUUUAAUUCUUAGACAAUGUUAUUGGCUACAAUAAAAUGAGGGAAUAUUAUGUAUUUGGUUAAGGUUCGAUUUCCGAUGAAACAUUAUGUUAAAUAAAUCAAUCUCUUGUGUUUUUCGGAUUCUUAGCACAAUUAAAUUAUUAUGCAAUUCUGACAUUAGAUUUUAUACUAACUUUAACUAAACCCUUCUUGAAUACUAAAAUGAAGCAGCUUUCAUAUAAUUUGGGAGCAUCCUUUGUUACUUUGAUAAUGUUUUAUUUGGAGAAAGAUUCACUUGAAGUUACCUGUAAGGGAAUAGGUGCAAGACAAGUCUCUUAGGUUUUUAAACUUCAGAUGUUGGUGAUAACUGUACUAUUAGCCAUCUCAAUUUAUGUUGGAAUCAAGGACUUAAAAAAAAUGAAGAAAAUCAAUAUUGUGGUGAAAGAAAACAGAAAAAAAUUUUUUUACAAUCAUCUAGUAUACUGUCAUUAAACCUAAAUUAGUACUUAUUUCUGACUUUGUCUAUAAUGUGGAGUCUCCCUCUCAUAAUGACAACAUUGAGUGAACAGAGUAAAGCCCACAAAUUAAUUAAUAAAAUAUACUUUGCCAUUAUGCUUUUACAUCGUAUAGUUUUAUAUCCAUAUGUAGCAACAAUUUUACUAUGGAUCCGACUUCGCGAACCUUAUUUUAAGAGUAGAACAUAGCUAUUAAUUGCAACAAUCUUUUGUAAAAGAAGGUGGAAAGAAAAUAAAGAGUAAAAAUAACCUUUAUAGCAUUUAGCAAAAAUGUUGAUGAUAGUAUUAUGGAACAAUGCUAACUGCCUCUCAGUAAGUUAGUAUAAGAAUAAACUAAUUAAGAGACAGUAUCUAAUAUUCUAAGUUCAAUACUUAAAAUUGUUACUUACGAUGAAAAAAUUACUGAUUUACACAAAUAAUGUAAAUACAAAAAGCAAUUCAGAUUUUCGUCGAACAAAUGUGAUCAACUUUAAAAUGAAUCAUAAUCUCCUUUGAUACAUUCAAUCAAUUACUCAUUAGAAUUAACAUUGCCAUUCUAAAUUAAAGAAUAUGCUCCAGCAGUAUUUCAAGAUAUCAGAGAAAAAAAUGGGAUAGAUUAUAAACAAUUUUAAAAUUCCUUGAGGUUAGAUUAGAAUUAAAAUUAAAUUAAAAAAACUCAAGAAUCUUUGGGGAAAAGUGGAUCAUUCUUCUUCUAUACUUAUGAUAAUCUUUUUGUCUUGAAGACCAUCACAUAGUCUGAAAUUAAGUUAAUUUAAGAAUGUAUUUUCGUUAUUUAAUUUUAUAGUUUUGGAAGACUAUUACAAAUAUAUCAAUAGAGAAUAAACAUUUUUGGCUAAAUUCUAUGGUCUGUAUUCGAUAAGUAUAGAAGGGUUCUCCUAAAUUCAUUUGUUACUUAUGGAGAACAUCUUCGAGAAAAUUCCCAAAGAAAGGAUAGUUUAUGAUUUGAAAGGAAGUCUUGUGAAUAGAAAACAAAAUGUUAAACACAGUUAAGUUGUUGAUCUCACAAGUUCUUUUGCAUAAUAUUUACCUUAGGAAGGUGUUUUAAAGGAUCAAAACUUCAUCAAAUCAACAGAUAUUUUUAUUCAAUUGAAAUAAUAGGAUAGAGAUAAUCUAUUUAAUAUUCUUAAAGAUGAUAUCGAUUUUCUUCUUAAAAAUAACAUUAUGGAUUAUUCAUUGCUCAUAGCUGUAUGUUACGAUAACUUUAGUAAGGGAAAACGUGUAUAUUGCAAUAGUAGCAAGAGUUUUUGUAUUGGUUUGAUUGAUUAUACCUAAAAAUUCACAUUCAAAAAGAAAUUGGAAUACUUUUACAAGUUUCAUGUGAAAAGAAAAGGCUAAUAAAUUUCAUGUGUUGAUCCUUAAUUCUAUAGUUAAAGAUUUAUUUCAUUUGUUAAUAGUAUAAUUGCUAUUAAUGAUUGGGCAUGA